CUUUUAUCGUGACACGUUUUGAUAACUUCCUUGAUUACGUAAAAUAACAUCUCCCCCUAAUAAUUCACAGGGAGGUCCUGAAAUUAUUUGCCAUGGAUUUCCUUAAAAGUCAUCAUCGCCACCACAGCUCGGCCACCAGUCACCGAUCAAUCUCCGACACCGAUUCCCAACUCGACGAGUUCCACUCCCCUCUCCGCGCCGACUCGCCUCUCCGCUCCGACGACUUCUCCUCAUCCGCUUCUACAGCCAUCGUCGCUGUUGACAAGUUCCAAAACCCCUUCAGAUCUCCGCUUUCCAACAGCCAAAAAUCUUCUCAUACCAUCAAUGUCUCGCCGCUUGCAAAAUCUCAAUCCCCUGCCAUAUCGUAUAACCGGUCAGUGAAGGAAGAUGUGUUGACCGGCGGAAAUACUAAAGCAGGGCCACGCGGUGUUGAAGAUGGCGGAAUACCUCCCGGUAAUGGAGGAAAUAAGAAAACAAGAUUGCCGGUAAUGUCAAUUGUCAGGAAGUCAAGGAGCGAAGUGACAAUUGAAAGAGCAGCUUUAGGAUGCAGAGUAUGUGAAGUGAUUUUAAGCUUGAUUGCUUUUUCCGUGAUGGCUUCCGAUAAAACUCAAGGAUGGAGUGGUGAUUCCUUUGAUCGAUACAAAGAGUACAGGUACUUGGUAGCAGUGAAUGCUAUCGCUUUCACAUAUGCAGCAUUUGAAGCCAUUGAUAUGACAUGCCAUUUAAUCUACGAAAGACAUAUUGUCACAUAUCUUCUUCGUUUUCAUUCCGAGUUCUUUAUAGAUCAGAUAUUGGCGUAUCUGUUGAUUUCGUCAUCAUCUUCAGCGGCUACAAGGAUCGAUGACUGGGCAUCGAAUUGGGGGAAAGAUGAGUUUACUAAGAAGGCUUCUGCAUCUGUAGUGAUGUCUAUUUUGGCUUUUGUUUGUUUUGCGAUUAGCUCUCUUAUAUCUGGUUAUAAUCUGUGUGAUCAAAGCUAUAUUUGAUCUCUGAUAAUGGAGGUUAAACAGAUCAAUUGUAAAGAGUUUGUAAAUUGUACAGACUAAUUAAUAGAGGGAUGAAGAGAACAUUUUUUUUUCUUUUGAAGUUUGUAAACAAUUCGGUUUAUUGGGUGAAAUAAAAUCGACCACUAUUUAACA